GCCGGGACGGAAGCCAGAAUCGCCUUGGGUCUGGUCGCAAAGAUGGCGUCCUCCGCCUCCUCUCGGACUCCGGCGGGCAAGCGAGUGGUAAACCAGGACGAACUGCGGCGGCUGAUGAAGGAGAAGCAGCGCCAGAGCACCAACCGGAAGCGGAUCGAAUCUCCAUUCGCUAAGUACAACCGUUUGGGGCAGCUGAGUUGCGCCCUGUGCAACACUCCGGUUAAGAGCGAGCUCCUGUGGCAGACUCACGUCCUCGGGAAGCAGCACCGAGAGAAAGUGGCCCAGCUGAAAGGCACGAAGGGAGCCACCCAGGGUCCGUCGGAGAGCGCAGUGUGUCAGUCCGCGAAGAGGAAGGCGCCGGACGCCGGCGGCCAAGAUGCCAAGAGAGGAAAGGCCUCGCCGGUGCCUCAGCCCUCCACAUCGGCGUUGCCCACCCACUUCGACAGAACUGGGAGGGAGUCCAGUAGAGCGACCCCCGGUAAGCCUUUGGGACUCGGUUUGCUCCCUGAUUAUGAAGAUGAGGAAGAAGACGAGGAGGAAGAGCAGGGAGGAGGAGGAGAAGGAAAAAGGGACGCCAGCAAGCAGCUGCCGGACGCACAGGGCAAGGAACACACUCUUCCCUCGCGGGAGGCGACAAGUAGCGUGCUGCCAGACGAUUUCUUUGCUACAAAUCCUCCCAAGGCCCCCUUAGUCCCUCAUUCCGGGUCAAUUGAGAAGGCAGAAAUACAUGAGAAAGUGGUGGAAAGGAGAGAAAACACUGCGGAAGCAUUACCGGAAGGCUUUUUUGAUGACCCUGAGGUAGAUGCAAGGGUACGAAAGGUUGAUGCCCCGAAGGAUCAGAUGGACAAAGAGUGGGACGAAUUUCAAAAAGCCAUGAGGCAGGUCAACACGAUUUCUGAAGCCAUAGUUGCUGAAGAGGAUGAAGAGGGACGGUUGGACCGCCAGAUUGGGGAGAUUGAUGAGCAGAUAGAAUGUUACCGUAGAGUGGAAAACCUGCGGAAUCGCCAAGAUGAAAUAAAAAAUAAGCUUAAGGAGGUUCUAACCAUAAAAGAAUUACAGAAAAAGGAAGAGGAAAAUGUUGACAGUGAUGACGAGGGAGAACUACAGGACUUGUUGUCUCAGGAUUGGAGGGUGAAAGGGGCUUUGUUAUAAAGCGUUAAGGUUCAAGAUUUCUAACAGCCUGAACUUUGUGUGAAAAGUGCACUCUCUCAGUAUAUGGGUUACCGCUAGAGAUUCGGAUACCUAAUUGAGUUGUUGAGAUAAAACGAGCCAGUGAGUGACAGCACUUUGG